AGAAUUUACUCGUGUACCUAUUUGCAGAGAUUACCAAACGUCAAUAUCUUAUAUGAACCUGUUUCAACAUUGCCUGAAAAUGAAACUGGACCGAAGAACGAAUAUGAAUUACAACUGGAUGAAAAAUGGGAAGUUCCUCGUGAAAAUUUAGUUCUAGGGAAACUUCUAGGGGAAGGAGAGUUUGGAAGAGUAGUCAAGGGAACUGUUUCGGGCCUCUUACAGCAAGAUAUCGUCGCAACAGUAGCAGUUAAAAUGCUGAAAAAGAAGCACAGUGACACAGAUAUGGUUAAUUUAGUCAAAGAAAUGGAACUAAUGAAAAUCAUUGGCCGACAUGAUAAUGUACUCGGUCUACUUGGAUGCUGUACACAAGAUGGACCAUUGCUCAUUAUCACCGAAUAUUCAUUGCACGGUAAUUUACUGGCUUUCUUACGAAAGCACAACAACCACUUUUCCAAAGCUAAGAAAAAGACAUCGAUCGAUUUGUCCGACAAAGUUCUAAUCACGUUUGCUCAACAAGUAGCAAAAGGCAUGGAAUACUUGGCUUCUAUAAAAUGCAUUCACCGAGAUCUCGCUGCUCGAAAUGUAUUGGUAUUCGACAACUACAUCGUAAAAAUAGCUGAUUUUGGAUUAGCCAGAGAUAUUCGACACGAUUACUACUACAGACAAAAAACCAAAGGCAGACUUCCAGUGAAAUGGAUGGCACCGGAAACCUUGAUACAAAAACGUUAUACCACUCAAUCUGACGUGUGGUCAUAUGGCGUUCUACUCUGGGAAAUUAUGAGUUUUGGCUCCGUACCUUACAUGGCAUACGAUGACGCAGAAAAAUUGCUGGAAGACAUUCAGUCGGGGUAUCGUAUGAAAAAACCUGAUGGUUGUUCGAUAAUGACGUACAGUCUAAUGUGCAAAUGCUGGAAUUAUUUGCCCGAAGAUCGACCCGAAUUCUCAGAAAUUAUUGAAGAUUUGAAAGAAAUAUUGGGAGAUGACGCGAUAAUCGAAUGCCCUGAUUCUAACUGUUCCGAUUCUGAUUCCUCAAACUCUACCAUAUCACGCCACAUGACGAGGAAUGAAACCGACGGUCUCUUGGAGGACACUUGCUGAUGAUUUCAAAGAAAAGACUACGAUUACGAUUUAAAUAAUUAUCUAAGUUAUUCAUGUAGGAAAAUAAGAUAGGUACAUAUUAAUUAUUCAAUUUUUGAACAUACAGGGUGGCCAGAAAUAUUGAGCACCCCUAAGAAAGUUUUUCAUUAAAAAUAUAGGUUGGCAACGUGAAAUAGAUGCAUAUGAUUGGUGGAAUGUUAUCUCUCCAGGCCAACAACCAAUCAUGUGCAAUCAUUAUUAUCAUUCACUGUGACCAACCAAAGUAUUUUAGUAGAAAACUUUUUUAGGGGUGCUCAAUAUUUCUGGGCACCCUGUAUAUGAAAUGCAGGUAUGUCAACCAAUUCAAUAGAGAUCUUAAUUUUGAGUUGAAAGUCAUCUGAAGAUAUAAUUUCUGAAACCGAAGAAAUAUUGUGAAAUGCAGUAGUACCAAUUUUUUGGCCAUUAUAUUACAAAUUUUUAAAAAAAUAGCCCAUUGACUAAUUUUAUUUUAUGUAUUUUAUUUUAUUUUAUAUUGAAAUUUAUAUAUUUCCAUGUUCUGUAGUACAAUCAAUGCAAAAUAUUUGGGAAAAAAAUUUGCAAAACACAAAUAGGUAAACCCAAAAAUAUGUGAUUUGUAAGUAAACUUUCAACUGCUCAGUAGAACCAUAAAAUAGUCUUGAAUUUGGAUGAAAAUAACCCAUCGGCGCAAAA